GCAACCCAGUAUACUGACACAACUCAUUUAUUAGAUAAUGUUGUCACCCCAUGGCCCAAGCUGAGAGGAAGUGGGGGUUCUGCAGUCACCACAAAAUGUGAAUCCCACAUCAGAGGUAACGUUAUGUGUCAUUUGAUGGUGCAUGAUCAGUCUAUUUAAAGCUUGUAAUAGCAGGCGGGGCGGCGGGGGAGGGGGUCUAUGCAGAUGAUCAGCAUAGGGUCUGCAGCGUGCAAGGAGAGACCUUAACCCCAGGCCACAGUCCUGAUGAAAUAAUAAUAAUAAUAAUAAUAAUAAUAAUAAUGCAUAUAUUCCCUUUUCCUUUUCCUUCCCCUUCCUCAUUUAUUUCCCACAACAACCCCAUGAGGUAGAUUAGACUGAGAGUCAGUGACUGGCCCACAAUCACCCAGUAAGCUUCACGGCUGAGGGGGGAUUUGAACCUGGGUCUGCCAGGUCCUAGUCCAACACUCUAACCACUACACCACACUCGCUCCCAAGUUGUUGGCAUGGGAAGAAGCUGCUCUUGGUGGAGUGGAUAUAUUGUACAUUCACAAAGUGGUAAUAGGACAGUGUGUGAGCUUUUUAUUGUGAUACCUGCGUUUCGAAUAUUCACAUACAUUACAUUGUAAUUCAGAAAGGCCCUUGCCUCAUUGGUAGCACUUCUGGUUAGGAUUCAGAAAGUCUCGGGUUUCUUAUCUCGCAUCUCCAGGCAAGGGUGGGAAAGACUCCACUCUGAAACCCUGCAGCAAGGGUAGUCCAUAUGACGCUCUCCUGAUGUUGGCAGACUACAGCUCCCAUCACCCCACACCAUUGCCAUGCUUGCUGGAGCUCAUGGGGGUUGGAGUCAAAUAGCAUCCAAAAGUCACCACCACAUUGACUACUUCUGCCCAGGAGCCUUGCUGUCAGUCAAUGUGCAGACCAAACUGAGUCAGGUUAGCCAAUGGUCUGAUCUGUUAUAUGGUAGCUUCUUAGGUUCCUAACUUGUAAUCAUCACAGCAGCCUCAUAAAGUUUCCACCACAGAGGAAACUCAAGGCCUAGAUUUUUUUAAAAACAAAACAAAACACCACCACAAAACCUUAAAAGUCUUACAGGUUUGUUUUUCUCCUGAAAUGAAUUAUCCUGAGUGAAAAACAAGAUGUCAGUUCAGGCAGAGCUGUCUUCCCAGACUGUCUUCUUUUUAAGACGAGUAAAAUAAUGGUGUUCAGCCAGAGCUUGAGGGGAUACACUUUAUUAGGAAAGGGCUUUAAGGUGGUUUUUCUCUAAUUGUCUUGCCUCUCUCUCUCUAAAAACUACAUCUAUCAACAUUCAGUCCACCCUAUUCUGGGUUCUGGUGUUAAGCACUUCAGUCAGGGAAUUGUAUUAGAGGUUUUCAGAAAGUACUAGCAACAAUGCAUAUUUUUAUUUUUAUUUUUUUAAAGCAUUCCUACCAUGAUCUUCAGCUGGAAAGGCUCCCAGAGCACCAGAUUAAUUAAAGAAAGACCAUCCCUCACCUCAGACAGCCCCUGAACUAUAAUGUAGAAGACACAACACAAAAAGAAAGAAAAGCUCUCAUAAUUACCAAUAUACAGUUUUAUACAGGGAUGCGGGUGGCGCUGUGGGUAAAAGCCUCAGCGCCUAGGACUUGCCGAUCGAAAGGUCGGCAGUUCGAAUCCCCACGGCGGGGUGCGCUCCCGUCGCUCGGUCCCAGCGCCUGCCAACCUAGCAGUUCGAAAGCACCCCCGGGUGCAAGUAGAUAAAUAGGGACCGCUUACUAGUGGGAAGGCAAACGGCGUUCCAUGUGCUGCGCUGGCUCGCCAGAUGCAGCUUGUCACGCUGGCCACGUGACCCGGAAGUGUCUGUGGACAGCGCUGGCUCCCGGCCUAUAGAGUGAGAUGAGCGCACAACCCUAGAGUCUGGCAAGACUGGCCCAUACGGGCAGGGGUACCUUUACCUUUACUACAGUUUUAUACAUUGACCAGUAGCAAAGGACUAUAGCUUAGUGUUAGAGCAUCUGCUUUGCAUGCAGAAGUUUUGAUAACCAGCACGUCCAGGUAGGGUUGAAAUUGCCCCCUGCCCAAAACUCUGGAGAGCUACUGCCAGUCAGUGUAGACAGUUCUGAGCUGCAUGGACUAAGGGUCUGUCUCGAUAUAAUGCAGCUUCCUAUGUUACUCAUGAAAACAGUUCAGGGAGAGGAGGAGCCAAAUAAAUAGAGAUGGUGUCUCAGCCGAGCUCUAUAGCCCCAUCUCUUCCCUCUGCUGCAGCCAGAUGGAAUGUUAAAGGAGGAGCCACAGGGAAGGGAUCUCUUUGGAGAACCAAUGGUGGAUCCCUCCUUCCCACCUGUACUUCAGCCUGAUGGAAUAGCGGGUGCUGGGUGACAGCCUGUGUGUGUGUUCUGGGUUGCUCAAUGGCACAGAAACUGUUAACUUUCUAAGGUUUAAUAUUUUAUUAUGUUUUUAUAUAUGUGGCAGGGUACAAAUUUAUUACAGUCGUACCAUGGAAGUCUAAUGGAAUUCAUUCCGGAAGUCCGUUAAACUUCCAAAACGGUCAAAAAUCAAAGCGCGGCUUCUGAUUGGCUGCAGGAAGCUCCUGCAGCCAAUCGGAAGCCACGGAAGCUCCGUCAGACGCUCAGCUUUCAAAAGAACGUUAAAAAACCGGAACAGUCACUUUUGGAUUUCGAUUAUUCGGGAGCCAAAAUGUUGGAGAACUAGGCUGUUCGACUUCCAAGGUACAACUGUAUUAUUAUUAUUAUUAUUAUUAUUAUUAUUAUUAUUAAACUGCUAGCUGCAAGGCUUGUUGAACUACAAAAUGCACAAACAGCAAGACACAUGUUGCCCAUGUAUUAUGGUUGCCAUACCUCCUUAAAGCACAUACCUCCUUAAAAACAUCUGUUUUUAAAUACAUGGGGUUUUUUAAAGUAUACAAAAGUCUUGUGGAAACCAGUCUGAGUUCUCUGCAUAAGCAUCUGAAAAUUCAUCAUGUUCAGCAAAAUGCCUUAAUGUGUCUUAAUAUAAGCAAGUAAAAAAACCAACCAACCAACCAGACCAUAAAUACUGUACCAUGCAACAAUGCCCAGCUAACAGCACAUCAGGUAGAUUCUUCAACACCAGAAUUAAAUUGGGUAAAUUCCUUACUACCAUGUUCAUCCUGCUUCCAUGUGGCUUCCACUACUUUUAACACUUUUGCUUACUUGAAGGAAUAUACAGGAUGAUCCACAGAUAAGGAAUCUACAGUCGGCAAAUGGAAGAGGGUGACGGCGCUAGAAACUCAGUUGAGCAGCCCCAAACUAUCCAGAAUGUACACAUAGUAACAACACAGGAAGGGCAGUCUACUCAUCCUUCUGGCAGCCAGAGAACUACUGCUGAACACCCAGCCGUGGAUUCCCCAUUGCUACCCCAGGUUCCUGUAGGUGAGAAUCUUACUGGGGAGCGAGCGCAAUGUUCUGCGAGAGGAGAACCAGCUAUACAUCUUCCCCCACCCAUUCAGGAUUCGACACUGGCAACAUGUCAGCACAUUGUUGGUCUCCUUGGACAAAUCACUGAUCAGCGUGAGUACGAGGUGCUUUGAUUAGGUACCACACCAUUUCAUUUGCUUGCCUCCUCCAAAUCCAAAGAGGCUUUUGGUCUGGUUUCAAUUGGAGACACAUCUCACAUAUCCCUGGAAAAGUUCUAGAACAUUCUACCAGUUUCCAUUGAUGCUCCUUAAGAGGUUCCUCUGGAUUUCACAAAGUGCAUCAGGGUCUUAAAUAACAACAACAACAACAAUUUAUUAUUUAUACUCCGCCCAUCUGGCUGAGUUUCUGGGCAGCUUCCAACAAAAUAUUAAAAUACAAUAGUACUUCAGGUACUAAAAGCUUCCCUAAACAGGGCUGCCUUCAGAUGUCUUCUGAAAGUUUGGUAGUUGUUGUUUUCUUUGAUAUCUGGUGGGAGGGUGUUACACAGGACGGGCACCACUACCGAGAAGGCCCUUUGCCUGGUUCGCUGUAACUUCGUUUCUCUCAGUGAGGGAACUGCCAGGCAGCCCUCAGCGCUGGAUCUCAGUGUCCAGGCAGAACGAUGGGGGUGGAGAUGCUUAUUCAGGUAUAAUGGACCGAGGACGUUUAGGGCUUUAAAGGUCAGCACCAACACUUUGACUUGUGCUCAGAAAUGUACUGGGAGCCAAUGUAGGUCUUUCAAGACCGGUGUUAUGUGGUCUCGGCAGCCACUCCCAGUCACAAGUCUAGCUGCCACAUUCUGGAUUAGUUGUAGUUUCAAAGGUAGCCCCACGUCCCCACGUAGAGCGCAUUGCAGUAGUCCAAGCAGGAGAUAACCAGAGCAUGCACCACUCUGGCAAGACAAUCUGCGGACAGGUAGGGUCUCAGCCUGCAUAUCAGAUGGAGCUGGUAAACAGCUGCCCUGGACACAGAAUUGACCUGCGCCUCCAUGGACAGCUGCGAGUCCAAAAUGACUCCCAGGCUGCACACCUGGUCCUUCAGGGGCACAGUUACCCCAUUCAGGACCAGGAAGUCCUCCACUCCUGCCCGCCUCCUGACUCCUAAAAACAGUACUUCUGUCUUGUCAGGAUUCAACCUCAAUCUGUUAGCCUGUUAGACUAUUAAUAUAGUCCAUUCUCACACAUGGUCAUUUGAAAACAAAAAGGGGUUACAUAUGUAAUACCAAGAGGCCUGUGUUAGCUGGCAGCUAACCUUCAUACCUUGCUGUGUGGAGGGGGGAUGAGUUUAAGGAGUAUCGUUCACCGUUUCUGCUUCUACUGGGCUUGGCUAUUUGAUGGAAUCACAGUCUUAUUUGCUGAAGGAAUAUAACUGACUGUGCAACGCCCUGUCUUCUUGGCAGAGGACGGCAUCAUGAGAGAACUGCGGGUCAUGCGCAGAGAGAUGCGGCUUUUGAAAGGUGAACAGCGCCGGACCACUGCCAGAGUAGUCUCCGUGGCACAUGCCUUUGAAGCAUUCAAGGAACAGUUUCAGUGGCAACAGGGUUGAAGUCACGUGAUUCCUUCCUAUGCAUGCACCUUCAGCCAACCAUUCAGAACUUUUGGGUGCUUCCCUUUCUCCAUGGAUGUUGUUCAGCCAUGUUUAUUAAAAUCUUCACUGUACAAA